AUGGAUGCUACGGCUCAAUACCAGGUCCCCAGCGUUGAGUCGCCAUGCCCUGAGGCUGCUGUCACUCCGACAAUCGCGGCGCCCUGCGCACCUGCUGAAUAUCCUUCUCCCAUCGCUGUCACCGCGUCCAAUCCAGCAGCGGACCUUCGUCGUUCGGUUCUGCUACGGAGUUCUACACGUCACCUACGCAGGCGUACCCUGAGCAGUUGUGGUGGUAGCAGCCUCGCGCGUAGCCCCUCGCCACUUUCUGACAACGUUGGUCUCAUGCUUUUGCCGGAUACUGGUGCCUCUCCUUUCCCUCUACCUUCCUUAGGUGAGGAAGGGGAUGGAUGUGUAGCCGUAGGGGAUCGCUCGACUCCUGCCAAGAGGCGUCGAAGGUAUGGCGGGAAGGUGGAUUCCCUACAGGUUGGAUUUCUAGACAAUGCUAUUUCCUUGAACGGAUCUAUUACCGACGGUGAUCCUUCGGUUGUUGACGUCUUGGGACCGCUGGAACUAGAACUUCCAGACAACGCAAGUCGAGGGCAGGGAUCAUCGACGGCUUCGGAGGCGGCAAGUAAUGCGACAGCUCACUCCUUCCACCUUGAUGGUCACCUUCCACCGCACCUCCUUGCCAACGACUCUUUUGCGCUAGGAUCCUGCGCCAAUGCGUGGCUUGGCUUGGGGGCAGCAAGAGGUCGCAUUUACUCUAAACAUCCGUGGAUAUUCCGCUACGCCUGCGACCGGGAGGACAAGUCAUGGCUGUCGAGGGCGGGUCAUUUACCCAAUUGCGGCGCUAAGGCCUUCCUUGUUCUAGCCAAACAAAUCUAUGAGGUGGCAUCUAUGGACAAUAGCCUUUCCACCGCAGCCACCACUCGCGGACCUCUACCUCAAUUCGUUCUGCCACCAUGGCUGUUCCGAAAGGUGCGACUGCUACUUGCGUUGUGUUUGCGCUGA